GGGCGGAGGUACCGGCUCCUGGCUCGAAAACCGGGCUCAGGGCUCGGCGGCGCGGCCCCCGCAGGUAGCGACGCCGGGCGGGCGGGCGGCGGCGCCCAGCGCCCCUCGCCGGGCCCGCCAUGCAGGGCCCUGCCGGGAACGCGAGCCACUCACUGCCGGGCGGGCCGCCUUCCACCGUCGAGUCUGGCACGGGCCGCUGCGAGAGCGGCGCGCUCAUGCACAGUUUCGGCAUCUUCCUGCAGGGGCUGCUCGGCGUCGUGGCCUUCAGCACGUUGAUGCUCAAGCGCUUCAGAGAACCAAAGCAUGAAAGACGUCCUUGGAGGAUAUGGUUUUUAGACACUUCCAAACAAGCCAUAGGAAUGCUGUUCAUCCACUUUGCAAAUGUAUACCUAGCAGAUCUCACCGAAGAGGACCCUUGUUCACUGUACCUCAUCAACUUCCUGCUGGACGCCACCGUGGGCAUGCUGCUUAUCUACGUGGGCGUGCGCGCCGUCAGCGUCUUGGUGGAGUGGCAGCAGUGGGAGUCCCUGCGUUUUGGCGAAUAUGGAGACCCUCUGCAGUGCGGAGCCUGGGUCGGACAGUGCGCCCUUUACAUCGUGAUCAUGGUUUUUGAAAAAUCCGUUGUCUUCAUCGUCCUCCUCAUACUUCAGUGGAAGAAGGUGGCCCUGCUGAAUCCCAUUGAAAACCCAGACCUGAAGCUGGCCAUCGUCAUGCUGAUUGUUCCCUUCUUUGUCAACGCUCUGAUGUUUUGGGUAGUGGACAAUUUCCUCAUGAGAAAGGGAAGGACGAAAGCUAAACUAGAAGAAAGGGGAGCCAACCAGGACUCGAGGAACGGGAGCAAGGUCCGCUACCGAAGGGCCGCGUCCCACGAGGAGUCAGAAUCUGAGUGUCCUAAGACAGCGGAUGCAGAAGGCCGUGGUCAGGACGUCCCUCCAAGCGGUCCUCCCUCCCUGGGAUAAGCUUCCCACCACCUGCUCCAAGGUGCCUUAUGAGAUGCAGCUCUUCACCUGCCACGUGGCAAGCAAGCAUCAUCAUGCUUGAGAAACCGCAGAACACCAGCUGGGUGUUGGGCGCCGUCCAUCUGAUUUGUCCAAAUCUGGACCUCAGCCAAGCCGCCCACAGUGGAAACGUGUAAGUCAAGGCCAUGAACAAGUUUCUUGUACUGAUGGGAAUAACCUGAUGAGGUAGAACUGUCAUAUCUGAAUGGAAGAGAUCAUUGUUGCCCAUUUUUCCUUCCGCUGCCAGUGGAAUGUUGACAGUGACAAGGAGGGGUGGUGGUGAGAUCCUGGGCGACAGUGGCUUCUCGGUCUGCUUAGCCCCAAGACCUGCCACGUGAAGGCCCGUCAGUUAGCCUCUGGGCAUGCUGGUGGCCUCCUGCCUCAAGCUUUAACCUGUGCCAGCAAGGAGUCAUGGGUGAGUGUUAACCUGUCACGCCUUUAAAGGGAAAAUAUAUCAAGGCUUAAAUUCGAGCUGUUUCUUCCCCUCCGCACUGUGGGCCUGGAGGCUGCAGCCCAGAGUCCCCGUCCGGAGGCUGUCCCAGGAGCCUGGAGGGAGCAGCAGCGGUCAGCAGCUCCCUCUGCCCUCCAGGCUGCAAUUCACUGGCCCUUUUGCAGUCAGGCAAACAUAGACGGCUCUGGGAACUUGCCACCAACCAGAGCGGCCACCUUGGGGGGUGCAGGGCUGGCCUUUAGAAGUUUCACACACUUCCAACUAGGAGUGGAGAGCUCUCUGUUUUACCCUGUGAAACACUGGCAGUUCUGAAGGGCUUUGCUCUCGGGGAGGGACCUUGAGCUCCUGAGUGAGUGGGUGGGUUGGCUUGAUUUGAUUUCUCUUUUCAUGAAGUUUGUUAGAAGUCAGACGUAUGUGAGCCAACCACGGCCGACUUCCACUGCCCUCCCAGUGGGGGGGGGUUAAAUUUGUGGUGUUACGAUUCACAGAAACACAUUUUUGAAAUGAAAGGGAAGACGAUGUACUUACAAUGUAAAAUGGUUUACAAUAAAGUUUGACAUCUUAUUACA